GCUUUGCAGAAGGAAGCUGUGGUUUCUGGUCUUCCUGUGCACUCGCGUUUUUAGAGGACUGCUUAGCAUCGGAUCACAUUUUUCAGCAGCUCAGAAGGGCUAGAAGACACAGCAAGUGUGGCAGAAAGGGAGGAACAGGAUUCCUCCAAGGGAACUUCUCUGACCAAGUGCCCCGGGAGAUCUCCCAUGGAGAACGAGCCUGGAAUUGUGUCGCCAUUUAAACGAGUGUUCCUAAAAGGUGAAAAGAGUAGAGAUAAGAAGGCCCACGAGAAGGUGACAGAGAGGCGCCCCCUGCACACUGUGGUGUUGGCAUUGCCUGAGCGUGUCGAGCCGGACAGACUGCUGAGCGACUAUAUUGAAAAGGAGGUGAAGUAUUUAGGUCAGUUAACAUCCAUACCCGGCUACCUGAACCCUUCCAGUAGGACUGAGAUCCUGCAUUUCAUAGACAAGGCAAAGCGGUCCCACCAGCUUCCUGGACACCUGACCCAGGAGCACGAUGCUGUGCUCAGUCUGUCUGCCUACAAUGUCAAGCUGGCCUGGAGGGACGGGGAGGACAUUAUCCUUAGGGUGCCCAUCCACGACAUUGCUGCUGUCUCCUAUGUCCGAGACGACGCUGCACACCUGGUGGUCCUGAAGACGGCCCAGGACCCAGGCAUCUCUCCGAGCCAGAGUCUGUGUGCAGAAAGUUCUAGAGGCCUCAGCGCAGGUUCCUUGUCAGACAGUGCAGUGGGACCAGUAGAGGCAUGUUGCCUGGUCAUCAUGGCCACAGAGAGCAAGGUCGCCGCAGAAGAGCUGUGCUCCCUGCUCAGCCAGGUCUUCCAGAUUGUUUACACGGAGUCCACCAUCGACUUUCUGGACCGAGCAAUAUUUGAUGGGGCCUCCACACCCACCCACCACCUGUCGCUGCCCAGCGAUGACUCUUCCACAAAAGUGGACAUGACGGACACUUAUGAUGCUGAAGCCAGCACCUUCUGCUUCUCAGACUCCGGGGAUGUGGGAGGACUGCCUGCCCUGUCCUUCUGCACGCAGCCGUCACCCCAUAGCAAGACGGUCAGCGAGAGCGAGCUGAGCACCAGUGCCACGGAACUGCUGCAGGACUACAUGCUCACGUUACGCACUAAGCUGUCAUCACAGGAGAUCCAGCAGUUUGCAGCGCUGCUCCAUGAAUACCGCAACGGGGCCUCGAUCCACGAGUUCUGUAUCAGCCUGCGACAGCUCUAUGGGGACAGCCGCAAGUUCCUGCUGCUUGGUUUGAGGCCCUUCAUCCCUGAGAAGGACAGUCAGCACUUUGAAAACUUUCUGGAGACCAUUGGCGUGAAAGACGGCCGUGGCAUCAUCACUGACAGCUUUGGCAGGCAUCGCCGUGCCCUGAGCACCACCUCCACCUCCACCACCAACGGGAACAGGACCACAGGCAGCCCUGAUGACCGGGCAGCGCCUUCGGAGGGGGAUGAGUGGGACCGCAUGAUCUUGGACAUCAGUAGUGAUAUUGAAGCGCUGGGCUGCAGCAUGGACCAGGGCUCAGCAUGAUGGUCUGUGACUGCGCACGCCUGUCACACACAGCCAUCCCAGGCCUGCCUGGACCUGACGGCCAGCCCUGCCUGGCGAGGAGCUAGGGAGGGGCUGCAGACACAGGUGACUCUGGUGGCCAGGUCCUCUACUGUGAAGGAGCGGAGAGCUGCCACAGGACAUGUGCCCCAACACAGGUGAAGCCUCUGUGCCUCUUGCUCAGAGCUCAGCAAUGCCUGUAGCAUAUCCCGCUCGGGGAGGGCCAGUUGCAGGAAGAGUCAGUCCUGUCGGCCUGGUCCUGGACAACUGAUAUUUUGCACAUGAUUUUCCUCUUCUAACUCUCAGAGACCUUAAAAAGUUGUUUACUACAAUGUGAAUAAUUUAA